GCUGUUGCCAUGUUGGCAGAAGUGGCUUCUCUCUGCCGGGGUAACUGGCUCUGGCUGCGGCUGCCCGGUCUGUACGCAUAGGGUCUUCCUUAUUCCCCUCACCCGCGGUUGGCGCUGAGAGGCGGCGUCCGGCGGGAUGGAGAAAAGUAGGAUGAACCUGCCCAAGGGGCCGGACACGCUGUGCUUCGACAAGGACGAGUUCAUGAAGGAAGACUUUGAUGUCGAUCACUUUAUGUCUGACUGUCAGAAGCGAGUGCAGCUGGAAGCACUUAGAGAUGACCUGGAGCUCUACUAUAAGCUGCUUAAAACAGCCAUGGUUGAGCUCAUCAACAAGGACUACGCAGACUUUGUCAACCUGUCAACAAACCUGAUAUGUGUGUUGUGGCUUAUACAGGUUAUUCCAUCAGUUGAGAAAAUUGAAAAAAUCUUAAAUUCUCAACAUUCUAAAGAAACAUCUGCACUAGAAGCAAGCAGUGAAAAGGGCAGUACUGUUCCCGGCUAUGAUUUUUUGGUGAAUUCUGUCUGGCCAGAAAUAGUACGAGAAUUAGAAGAAAAAUUACCCUUGAUUUUUAAUUCUGGGAAUCCUGAUGCAUUUCACCAGCUCAGCUGGGAGAGAGGUUGUAGGUGCAGUGGCAUCUGUGGAUGGAGGCUACAGGAUACCUUUAAACAUCCUUCAAUGCACAGGACAGCCACACAGCAAAGACCCACAGCAAAGGCCAUCUGGCUCCAAAUUUGCUCUAUGGAGUGGAAAUGGUAACCUACUCCAGUAUUCUUGCCUGGAAAAUUCCAUGGACAGAUGGUUCCACAGUUCAUGGGAUUGCAAACAGUUGGACACAACUGAGUGACUGAGCACCUAGUUGUUUUAGUUGUAAGAUUUUGUUGUAUAUUUGAGAUUUUUCUUGUUUCCUGAGGUAAGGUUUUAUUGCUAUCAAUUUCAACCUUAGAACUGCUUCUGCUGUGUCCUCAUAUGUUCAUGAUGUUUCAGCAUGUUUUCAGUUGCCUCUAGGCAUUUUUUAAAUUUUCUCCUCGAUUCCUUCACUGAUCUAUUGGUUGAUUAGUAGCAUGCUAUUUAGCCUCCGUGUGUUUGUGUCUUUACAGUUUUCUUUUUUUCUUGUGGUUGACUUCUAAUUUCAAGUAUUGUGACUGGGAAAAUUGCUUGAUAUUAUUUGAGUUUUCUUAAAUUUACCCAGGCUUAUUUUGUGGUCCAGCAUGUAACCUAUCCUGGAGGGUGUUCCAUAUGCAUUUGAAAUAAAUGUGCAUUCUACUGCCUUUGGAUGGAAUGGUCUAUAAUAUGUUAAUUAAGUCCAUCUGGUCUAAUGUGUCAUUAAGGCCUGCGUUUCCUUACUGAAUUUUGUCUGGAUGCUCUGUCCAUUGUUGUAAGAGGGGUAUUAUGUCCCCCAAUAUUAUUGUGUAACUGCCAAUUCCUUUUAUGUUUACUAACAUUUUCCUUGUGUAUUUAAGUGCUCCUAUGUUGGCUGCAUAAAUAUUUACAAUUGUUAUAUCUUAUUGGAUUGACCCCUUGAUCAUUAUGUAAUGUCCUUUCUUAUCCCUUGUAACAGUCUUUAUUUUAAAGUCUACUUUGUCUGAUAUGAGCAUUGCUACUCCAGCUGUUUGCUUUUCAUUUCUUUUUGCAUUAAAUACAUUUUCCAUCCCGUCACUUUCAGUCUGAAUGUGUCCCUGGAUCUGAAGUGGAUCUCUUAUAGACAGCAUUUUUAUGGCUUUUAUUUUUGUAUCCAUUCAGCCAGUAUAUGUCUUUUGGUUGGAACAUUUAAUUCAUUUACAUUUAAUGUAAAUAUCUGUUAACUGGGCUUCCCACGUGGCACUAGUGGUAAAGAGCCUGCCUGCCAACACAGGAAAUGUAGAGAUGAAGGUUCGAUUCCCAGAGUCAGGAAGAUCCCCUGGAGAAAAGCAAGGCAACCCACUCCAGUAUUCUUGCCUGGAGAAUCCCAUGGACAGAGGAGCAUGGCAGGCUACAGUUCAUAGGGUUGCAAAGAAUUGGACAUGAUUGAGGUGACUUAACACAGUGCAGCACACGUUUGUUAAUUGUUUUGGAUUUAUCUUUGUAGAUCUUCCUUCCCUUCUUUUGUUUUCUUCUCUUGUGGUUUGAUGACUAUAUUUAAAGUUGCGAUUGCAUUCCUUUUUCUUUUUUGUGAGUAUAUCUAUUAUAGAUUUUUGAUUUGUGCUUACCAUGAGGAUUUGUUAUAAUAAUCUCUCUGUGUGUGUGUGUAUGUAUAAUGGUUUUAAGUAGCUGAUCACUCAAUUUUAAAUGCAUUUCAAAUAUCUAGCUUUUGUACUCUCCUUCUACCACAAUAACUACCUUAGAUAUCAUAUUUGCUUCUGGCUCAUUUUUCCUACAUUUAUUGUAUGUUUGCCUCUACCAGUGAGCUUUCCAACUUUAUAAUUUUGUUUCUAGUUUAGGCCAAGAGAAGUUCCUUUAGCAUUUGUUGUAAAGCUAGUUUUGUGGCCCUGGAUUCUUUUAGCUUUUGCUUAUCUAUAAAGUUUUUAAUUUCUCCAUAAAAUCUGAAUCAGAACCUUGCUGGGUAGAGUAUUCUUGGUUGUAGGUUUUUCUCUUUCAUCACUUUAAAUAUGUUGUGCCACUUCCUUCUGGCCUGAUAAUCUUAUGAUAAUUUCCUUGUAAAUUAUUGUGUUUUAUUUGUGAGCAACAACCACCACCCUUGUUGCUUUUAGUAUUUUCUCUUUGUCUUUUAAUUUCUGUUACUUUUAUUAUUGUGUUUCUCACUGUGUU